AAGCAUCAGAGAACUCACACAGGGGAGAAGCCUUUUGAAUGUACAGUAUGUGGAAAGAGAUUCAGUCAGAUGGGCAGUCUUCGAAAGCAUCAGAGAACUCACACAGGAGAGAAACCUUUUGAAUGCUUGGAGUGUGGAAAGAAAUUUAGUACAAGUGGCAGUCUUCAAUCGCAUCAUAGAACCCACACAGGGGAGAAGCCUUUUGAAUGCUCAGUGUGUGGAAAGAGAUUCAGUGAGAGUGGUCAUCUUCAACAGCAUCACAGAACUCACACAGGGGAGAAGCCUUUUGAAUGUACAGUGUGUGGAAAGAGAUUCAGUCAGAUGGGCAGUCUUCAACAGCAUCACAGAACUCACACAGGGGAAAAACCUUUUGAAUGUUUAGUGUGUGGAAAGAGAUUCAGUAGGAGUGGCCAUCUUCAACAGCAUCAGAGAACCCACACAAAGGAGAAGCCCUUUGAAUGCUCAAUGUGUGGAAAGAGAUUCAGUCAGAGUGUCAGUCUUCAAGAGCAUCAGAGAACCCACACAGGGGAGAAGCCUUUUGAAUGCUCAGGUUGUGGAAAGAGAUUUAGUACGAGUGGCAGUCUUCAAAAACAUCAGAGAACCCAUACAGGGGAGAAGCCUUUUGAAUGCUCAGAGUGUGGGAAGAGAUUCAGUCACAGUGUCAGACUUCAAGAGCAUCAGAGAACCCACACAGGGGAGAAGCCUUUUGAAUGCUCAGAGUGUGGAAAGACAUUCAGUCAGAGUGGCCAUCUUCAAACGCAUCAGAGAACUCACACAGGAGAGAAACCUUUUGGAUGCUCCAAGUGUGGAAGGAGAUUCAGUCGGAAUGACAAUCUUCAAGAGCAUCAGAGAACCCAUACAUGGGAGAAGCCUUUUGAAUGCUCAGAGUGUGGAAAGAGAUUCAGUCAGAGUGGCAAUCUUCAAAAGCAUCAGAGAACUCACACAGGAGAGAAACCUUUUGGAUGCUCCGAGUGUGGGAAGAGAUUCAGUCAGAGUUGCAAUCUUCAAGAGCAUCGGAGAACCCACACAAGGGUGAAGCCUUUUGAAUGCUCAGAGUGCGGAAAGAGAUUCAGUCAGAGUUGCAAUCUUCAAGAGCAUCAGAGAACCCAUACAGGGGAGAAGCCUUUUGAAUGCUCAGAGUGUGGAAAGAGAUUCAGUCAGAGUGGCAAUCUUCAAAAGCAUCAGAGAACUCACACAGGAGAGAAACCUUUUGGAUGCUCCGAGUGUGGGAAGAGAUUCAGUCAGAGUUGCAAUCUUCAAACGCAUCAGAGAACCCACAUAGGGGAGAAGCCUUUUGAAUGCUCAGUGUCUGGAAAGAGUUUCAAUCAGAGAGGCAAUCUUAAAACGCAUCAGGAAACCCACACAGGGGAGAAACUUUUUGAAUGUUCAGAGUGUGGAAAGACAUUCUGUCAGAGUGGCCAUCUUCAAACACAUCAGAGGACUCACAUGGGAGAAAAGCCUUUUGAAUGCUCAGUGUGUGGAAAGAGAUUCAUGUGGAGUGGCAGUCUUCAACAGCAUCAGAGAACUCACACAGGGGAGAAGUCUUAUGAAUGCUCAGAGUGUGGAAAGAGGGAGGGGGAGGACUCAGGACGGGGGACCCAGAUUCCACCUCCUUUUUCUGAGCUGGCUGAACAGCAAGGGAGCGCAACCCCCUGCAACAGAGUUACUCCCGAGCAGCCCCAUGGAGCAGCACAAGGCGUGUCUGAGGGCAGCCGGGCUGAAGAAAAUGGCGUUGCCCCAGUCAUUGAAACUGCGUUUCGCCUGAGGCCUCGUACACAACGCUCGAUUGAAUUCCCCCGAGACAUCAUUGCCACUUUCCCCGACGCCCGCACCAGGGAAAGCAUUUUAGCCAAAGCUCGCUCUGAAAAUGGACUGCUAUUCAACAACAAGACGAUCCCUGUCCUUUUGGAUCUGUCUCCAGAGAUGCUGCAACAUCACAAAGAACUGCGCCCGAUCGUCUCCUGCCUGAUAGAAAACAAAAUCCGCUUCAGAUGGUCUACUCCAGUCCAACUUCUCGUGGUGCACCAGGGCCAGCGCCUGACUGCCUCCGACCCUGCUUCUGGGAGGGAGCUUCUUGCCACCCUCCGCCUUGAACGGCCUGCCUCUGCCGCGCGCCUGCAUCGUCUUCUCCCGAACGGACGGACGGACUCCUCUGCCGGCCAGCCUGGGCUAGCACGAUCGUCUUCAAGCCAUCGAAGGAAGCGUAAAGUUCUUUGUUCACUGAUCUCUCUAGCUUCUAGUAGCACUCCCCCUUCGGAGGGUCUAGCAACCACAGCAGUACGGCGGGAACUUCAGUUGUGUAAACACGUUCGGCCGGAGCCAAGGGGUUUCUUUUAG